AUGGAUCAGUUUCCGUUUGGCAGCAUGGAUUCCAAGCCCCCUGAUCAGGAAGCCAAGAAUGCCUGCCUGCAGAAGCUCAUGACGAUUUUCCAAGACAUUUGCCCCGAGUACUUGAAAACGGUGGCAGAAAAAUGGUAUUAUUGUGCUAAUGACAUAGCUGGGGACAUUGUUGAGCAAGAGCACUCGGGAUCUAAAUACCCAAGACGAAAGAAAAAGAAAGAUGCUGAGCGGAAUCGCCGCGAACCGAGGGACGUGAUGCAAGAUAUGAGGGACAUCAGGAGCAAAUAUGAUGACGACACGAGAGAGGCAGCAACAGAACAUAAGAUACGCAGAAUGUACCAAUUGCUACGAGAAGAAUUUCCCCAGCAUUCGCCUGUCGUCAUUUCUAGGACCAUGAUACAGAACAGACAGAAUUUGUUCUUGGCCUAUCUAGCCCUCCAGGGCAUGGCAGCACCCGGAGAAAAGGCGUCCUUUGAGCGUAUGCGAGAGAUAUUCGACUUAAAGUCGUACGUCCCAUACAAAAACGUACCCGGCGAUCCAGAUGAUUCGAUACGGCAAGAAUUAUACGAGUCUCGACUCUAUUAUGUUCAUCAGGAAUAUCUGAAGUACGGCCAAAGAUGUAAAGAAGCUGAGAAAAAGAAUUUUGAGCAUGCGAAGGAGCAUGGGCUUUUGCGCGAAUGCGAAUGUUGCUUUGCAAACUUCCCAUUGAAUAGAAUGGUUAGCUGCAGUGGCGAGCCCCGUCAUCUCUUCUGUAAACAAUGUCCUCGCAAACAGGCGGAGGAAACGAUUGGACAAUCCCGAUACCAGAUAACGUGUUUGUCUUUGGGGGGAGGAUGCUCGGCGCCGUUUUCACUCACAGAGCGUGCGAAAUUCCUAGACAAAGGCCUGGUCACUGCCCUCGAACGUAUUGAACAGGAUGCCGUGCUACGAGCCGCAAACAUCGAAGGACUUGUUCAGUGUCCAUUUUGCUCAUUCGCGGCAAUAUGUGUCCCUGAGAAGGAGAAUAGAGAGUUCCCUUGUCAGAAUCCAGACUGCCUGGUCGUGAGCUGUAGAUUAUGCAGGGCCGAAUCACAUGUGCCGCUGUCGUGCGAGGAAGCUACCCAGAAGGCUGGCUUCUCAGCGCGACACGAGAUAGAAGAGGCCAUGUCUUCCGCCUUGAUUCGAAAGUGCAACAAGUGCAGCACGCCGUUUAUCAAGACUCUGGGGUGCAACAAGGUGUCUUGCACGCGCUGCGGCAAUGUUCAAUGCGACGUAUGCUCUAAAAAUUGCGAUUAUAACCAUUUCAAGGAAAAUCAACCAAAACCACAAGCGGAAGCGACGGGAUGCCCUCUAUAUGAUAAUGCUGAGCAUCGUUACGCUCAAGAAGUUGAUACUGCCGCGAAAGAAACGCGCGAACGAUUAGUAAACGAACAUCCACAGAUUGACGCUCAGUAUCUGGAGAUACCGAGAGCACCGGCACCGCCUACGCCUCCGGCUUCGAACAAGAGGCAUCGUGCGCCGAUAGUCAGGAUGUUUGAACAAAACUUGGUGCGAGUUGGACCACGCCAGUUGCCACCGAACGGGCUACAGAACAUACAAGAGGACGCACCGCCAGUUGAUGCCCAGAACGAUGCCCAGAAUGGUCAUGAGGGUUCUCAAGAUGGCUCUCAAGAUGGCUCUGAAGACGACUGGGGAGACGACUCUCAAGAAGAAGAUGCCUCUCAAGACGGCGACGACGAUGAAUCGGAGGUAGAUUCACUAGACGCAGAGCAAGACGACUCAGAGGAUGAAUCGUCAGAUGAGGAUGAAAAUCCUAAAAAGCGUCAAAAAAGAGAACCAGAUGAAGAAGUGGCUGCCAGGAACCUUGAGAUACCCCGAGCACCUCGACCGCACCUCGCCGUUCCGAACCCGGUUCCAAACCCGGUGCCGAACCCGAUUCCAGCUCAACCCACCAACGAUUUGACACAACAACAAGCCCGAUUCGUCUUUCCCCAUAGUGCAAUCAAUCAGACUGUAAUUCCGCCGUGGCUCCGGGGGCAACAGCAGCAGUUUAUUGCUCAGCAACGGCAAGUCAACGUUCAACACCAGCAACGGCAGCAACAGCAGCAACAGCAAGUUCAACAGCAUAUUCGACAGCAGCAGGCCGAUGUUCGACAGGCCAAUAUUCAGCACGCUAAUAUUCAACAGGCCAAUAUUCAACAGCAGCAACAACAACAGAGUCAACAACAAGCCACUGCUCAGCAAUUGCUGGCCCUGCAGCAAGAGCAGACCAUGCCGCCGCAGUGGCUAGAGCAGAGAGAACAGGCAAAUUUCCAGCGGAUGCGCGCGCAUCAUCAUGCACAGCUGCAGGCACAACAACUCCAGCAGAUGCAGGCACAAGAGCAAGCACAGCAGAGGCACGCGGGAGCAGCGCAACGACAGCAGCAUGCCUUGAUGCAAGCACGGCGACAGGAACAACUGCAGCUGCUGCUAAUGGCACAGCAAGAGGCACAGCAAGAGGCACAGCAAGAGGCACAGCAGCGGCAGCAACAACGGCAAGCGCAAGAGCAGGCACCACAAGAGCAGGCACCGCAGCAGACACUGGGGGAGAUACAGAUGCAAGCACUCCGGCAAACACUCCGACAGGUACAGCAACCCUCGCCAUGGGAAGCACUGGAGCAAGCGCUAUUUGCUUCACACCACGAAACGCUUAGGCAGCUGUCACAACUGGAUGUACAGCAGCUGGGACUUGGAGAGUAUCAGUCACUCGACCGACUGGGAACACAGCAACACGCGCUCCCACAGCAUCAAGAGCAGGGGCAUUUCCCAAACUUGCAAGCACAGCAGCAGGUGCCGGCUGAGUAUGGACUCGGUAUGCCGCCUGCCAUCGCCGAGGAGGGCGAUUGGGGACAGCAUCAGCACCACGGGCAAUAG